AUGGCGAGCAUGGCUGCGUGUCAUCAACCCUUGGGGCGAUUGCUGCGACCACAAAGUUGCUCGCCGAGCAGUGGUGGUCGGCGCGCGCUGAUCCGCGCGCCGAGAGCGCGCUCGACGGCGGCCGUCCGGCGCUUGAGAGCGGCUGCGGACGAGGAGACCGACGUCGCCGUGUUCAGGUUCACGCUGGGCAGCGAGGACAUCGACAACCAGGUCCCGCGCGCCGUCGGGCUCCUCGGCACCGCCGCGCUGUUCGCCAACCACGCCAGCUCGGCCAUCAUCGCCCCCUCCCAGUCCUUCGCCGAAGCCGUCGGGGCCGUCCUCGCCGUCAUGUGCGUCGUCGCGCCGGCCAUGGAACGCCGCCUCCGCGACGCCGACCCGGGCCGCGGCCGAGGGAAGCUGUCGGACGACAUCGCGGGGUCCGUCCAGAUGUUCCGGCUCGCCCCGGCUCUGUCGGACGCAACACAGCAAGAGCUGGCGUGGUCGUGUUUUUCCUUCAUCCGCAACACGAACGCGUGCACGGCGCUGGUGUACUCGGCGGCGGGCAGCGGGGCCGUGGCGUGCCGCGGGGCGGUUGGGACGGAGGCCGUGGCGGGCGCCCGGGACGCGGACGCGCAGCUGGCUGCGCUGUCGCAGGCGGUGGACGCCGUGCUGUCCAAGCCCGGGGCGUGCGGGGACGCGUACUUGCAGGACCGCACGCAGAUGGCCAGCGCAGGCGCGGGGCAGUGGCCCUUCGUGCCCACGGGAGUGGAGAGCGUUCUGAUUCGCGGGAUGCCGGACGGGAAAGGGGCGAUCGUGCUGAUGUCGGAGCGCCCACGGGCGUUCUCGACGAAGGAGCGCGCGUGGACGAGCGCCGUUGCGGCGAAGCUCGCGCCCGCGCUGUGA